UUUUAUAUUUUUUUAAAACACUUUUUGUCAUCGCUUACUUCGGUACUUUAUAACAAUUUAUUAUGGACAGUGGUGUUCGAGCAGAACCUAAAUUUCUAAGAGAUCCUACUUCACUUGAAUCCAUUUCUUCAGGCAUAUCAAGGUUAUCAAGUUAUGUGGCAUCAAACUUGCCAAAAAGAAAGUCAACGCACUUGAUAACACCGCCUUUUAUGGAUCCAUACUAUCAACAACCAGUGAUAGAGCCAGAAGAACAAGCGAAUGAAGAGAUGGAAGAGAUGGACAUAGUGACAUUUGGUGCAUUUGAGACACUAGACCCAUCCAUCAGUUGUCUCUUGCUAGGCUAUCAUGAUGGUUUUCAGAUAUGGGAUGUCACUAAUCCUGAUAAUGUACAUGAAAUAUGCUCUAUUCGAGACAAAGACACUUUUGGUACAGUGUCUUUUAUGCAUCUUGUUCAACCCAAUCAUACCCUCGUCAUUGUAUCUACAGAAGACAGUUCAGAUAAACCCAAAUCGCAUUUGAUCUUGUUCUCUUUAAAGACACAGACCAUCAUCAAAGAGAUUCAUGACUUUUGGCAUGAAGAGGAAGAAAAAGAUGAUACAGCACAAGUCACAUGUAUUCAAAGUAACCACAAGGUCAUUGCACUGGGAUGCGUAUCUCGCCACCGUUCUUUAGACUAUACACCUUUUGCUAGACCAUUAAAUGAUGUGUAUCAUGAUGACAAAGGGCCGGUGUUUACAUUGGGUUCUCGAUUCAUUGCGUAUGCAACAAAUACUGCGGUCUUGAAUUCAGAUCCAGUCAUGACCUCCUUAACCAACAAGAGCAUUAGCUAUACAGGUUUUGGGGUGCUCCAAGGCGAAAAAGACGUGAAGGGUGCAGCCAAAGAUAUCGCUAAAGAAGUUGUGAGUGGCAUGAAGACAUUAGGUGAAUUUGGACUAAACACACUCUCGAAUUAUUUCAACCCCAAUGUGCCAACAGAUAAAAUGAUGUUUAACGCCAGUCCAUCGUCUCACACCACACCGCAACAAGACACACAGUACAAUCCAAAGAAAAUGAUUCCUUCUGGCAUGAUCAUGAUUCGAGACAUGCUUAAAUUACCAGUGACACCUACACGAAAUCUGUCGUCGUCGAUGAUAGCUCAUUUCAGGCCCCACACACACCCUGUCUCUUGCCUGAAAUUCAACCAAGCAGGCACACUCUUGAUGUCGGCCUCCAAACAAGGCCAUACAUUCCACAUCUUUUCUGUCUUGACCUAUACACCUUCUGCCUCUCAUCUCUAUAGUCUCUCACGUGGCAUUACGGAUGCUCAGGUAGAAGACUGUCAAUUCUCGAUGGAUUCCACUUGGUGUGCUAUCAGUACAGCCAGAGGCACCACCCACGUCUAUGCGAUUAAUCCUUACGGAGGCAAACCAGAAAUCUCAGGCCAUGUCCAUGGUAAAGUCAAUAACCCCAUGCACCAUCACCCAUGGAUACCCAAGAACCACAAGUCAUCCAUCCCAAAAGCCACCACACUGAGUUCUGUUGUACGCAUCAAACAACGCCGAAGCAUGCCUGGUUUCCUUCAGGAGGAAGUGGCCAACAAAUAUCCCAAUGGAUAUUCUCACGGCUAUUAUGGUCCUACGCCACCGCACUAUGUCUCGGCCCUGCCCCGUACACCGCCCACGCCUUCCCUGAAAGAACCUCGGGCUAAACUGAGAUCGAUGUUUGUGACCAAAUCACCUUCUUUUGUGCACCACAAGCACGCUCAUCCUUCAGAUCACCCAUUUGUGUCAAUGAAACAACAGGCAAGCCAUAUGCUCUCGUCUUUUCAUCUACCUUAUUUGCCUCAACAGCCUCAACCGCAUAAAUCAGCGCAUGAGACCCUUGUGUUUGGAUUUGAUGAAGAGUACGACGAUGCAGCCAAGAUGAUUAAUGAUGAAAUUGGGUAUCAAGACAUGUAUUCGUUUCAUCCUGAUGGUGUCUUGACCUUACAUCGUUGUUGGGUAGCCAAGACAGUCAUCAAAAAGCGAGAGAAUGGACGUGUGUUGGAGAAACUGGAUUUAUCGCUCAAGGAAGAAGAUGUCGCUGAAUGGCGAGUAGCCAGAAAUGCAGACUGGGAUCAAGUCAAGUUCAAUAAAAAGAAACCCAAGCAACAAGAGAGCCUUCCGCCAAAAAAGACAUGGUUGUCCAAUGCAGAAAUCACCACCUAUAUGCCAGACGAACCUGCGUUAUGGACAUAUCACCAAUUCAGUUUCCAAACAUAUCAUACCAAAGAUUUGCCAUCCAUCUUAAAUGCAGGCAACAUACCUACGACAGAUACCAUGAUUAUGCUUAAGGGUAUGCCUGAGCCAGUCUCCAGUCGAAUGGACCGUGUCAGCAAGACAACAACACGUAUCACAAACAAUAAUGCAGAAGAGAACAUGGAAGAUGCUUUGGCUGAAUUAGAAGACAACAUUUCAAAGGCAAUGCAGACUUCAUUUUCACCUUCCAGUAAUUCGUUAGGCAAUAGUCCUGCUGCUAAUCUGAAAUGGCUUUCUUCCAGUGCCAAUGCCAUUCAUGGAUCUUCUCCUUCUCCUAAUCAACAGAAACUCUAUUUGGAUAAGAACUCGUCUGUUUCAUUUGAAGAUGCUUAUCUGAUUCAUAUGGGAAGUGGGCCUAGUCCUGAGCCUUCUUCUCUUCUUGGAUUGACGCCUAUUCAAAACCAGCCAUUAGAAGAACCAGAGACUUCUAUGCAACACAGUUCACUUAUUCAAUUUGAUGAAGAUGAAGAUGAAGGGUCGGUGCAACUCAAAGCCAGCCAUAAUGUCUAUUCUCCUGAUGGUGAUAAUGAAGUUGAAUAUCCUUAUGAAUCCGUAUUUGGUGAGCUGCAUACAAGAAAAGAGGAGGAGGAAGAGGAAGAGGAGAAUGGUCAGUCUAUCUCUUGGUAAACACACAUUUUGUAAAUAAAAUAUAUAAAGAAAUAAAAAUUUAUACAU